AAUUCCCUUUCCCUCCCGACGCACGCGAAGCUUCGUUGUUCGCCUUCCUCUUCGGUCUAACCUGCGGUGCGUCCUCCUUCCUCCUCCCCCUCCCUACGCACGCGAAGCUUCGUUGUUCGCCCUCCUCUUCGGUCUAACCCGCGGUGCGUCCUUCUUCCUCCUCCCCCUCCCAACGCACGCCACGAUUCGAUCGUCGCCCUCGUCCUUUGUCCAAGCAGCGGUACCGCGGCUUAGGCUCGGCGGUCAACCCACCCCCUUGGGAUCGCGGAACCCCCUGCAGCCCCCCAACCGAAUCGGAGCUGGACGCUUCCCGAUAUCAUCUUAGCGGCGAUGUCGUUCUCCGACUCCGAUUUGUCGUCGCAGGGCGGGGACUACAAGAACUUCCGCCAUGUCACCCGAGACCGUUUAUUAUGUGAAAUGCUUCAAUCUACUAGGGCAAAGGACUCGAAAUCAACAUGGAAGGUACUUAUUAUGGACAAAAUUACCGUUAAAGUAAUUUCACACUCUUGCAAGAUGGCAGACAUUACAGAGGAAGGAGUUUCUUUGGUUGAAGACAUAUACAAGCGAAGGCAGCCAUUGCCAUCCAUGGAUGCUGUAUAUUUCAUCCAGCCAACAAAAGAAAAUGUGGUCAUGUUCUUGUCUGACAUGUCCGGGAAAUCACCCUUGUACAAAAAAGCAUAUGUAUUUUUCAGUUCACCCGUAAAUAAAGAGUUAGUGGCACAUAUCAAGAAGGACACAAGCGUCUUACCCCGCAUUGGUGGUUUAAGUGAGAUGAAUUUGGAAUAUUUUGCUAUUGAUAGUCAGGGCUUUAUAACCGACCAUGAGAGGGCUAUGGAGGAACUACUUGGGGAGAAUGCGGAAGGCUCUCACAUGUACAAUGACUGCUUGAAUACAAUGGCCACACGUAUUUCUACGGCAUUUGCUUCUUUAAGGGAAUUUCCGUAUGUGCGGUACCGUGCUGCAAAGUCAUCAUUAGAUGCUUCUACAGUGACAACACUUCAUGAUCUUGUCCCAACUAAGCUUGCUGCUGGAGUUUGGAAUUGUCUUUCUAGGUAUAAAGCUAAAAUUCAUGAUUUUCCCCAGAGGGAGACAUGUGAGUUGCUUAUUGUGGACCGUUCCAUAGAUCAGAUUGCUCCAAUUAUACAUGAAUGGACCUAUGAUGCCAUGUGCCAUGAUUUGCUAAACAUGGAUGGUAACAAAUAUACUCAUGAGGUGCCUAACAAAACAGGAUCAACAGACAAGAAGGAGGUGUUGUUGGAGGAUCAUGACCCCAUUUGGCUUGAGCUUUGGCAUGCACAUAUUGCUGAUGCUAGUGAAAGAUUGCAUGAGAAGAUGACAAAUUUCAUAUCAAAAAAUAAAGCAGCUCAAAUUCACCAUGGUUCAAGAGAUGGUGGUGAGCUUUCCACUAGAGAUUUGCAAAAAAUGGUUGAAGCUUUGCCGCAGUAUACUGAGCAGAUUGACAAACUUUCUCUCCAUGUAGAGAUUGCUGGUAAGAUUAAUGGAAUAAUUAGAGAACAAGGUCUUCGUGAAGUUGGACAGCUGGAACAAGAUCUUGUAUUUGGAGAUGCUGGGACCAAAGAACUAAUUAAUUUUCUAAGGACAAAGCAGGAUAUCAGUUGUGAAAAUAAACUACGUCUGAUGAUGAUUUAUGCAUCCAUCUAUCCAGAGAAGUUUGAAGGCGACAAAGCAUCAAAGUUGAUGCAACUUGCACAACUUUCAUCUGAUGAUAUGAUUGCUGUUAAUAACAUGCGCUACCUGGGAGGUUAUGGAACUAAAAAGACAUCAAGAAGUGGAUUCACCCUCAAAUUUGAUGCAUACAAGAAGAAGCAUGCAGUGAGAAAAGAACGAAAAUCUGAGGAAGUUACAUGGCAGCUAUCUAAAUUUUAUCCGCUGAUAGAGGAGCUGAUAGAGAAACUUAGCAAAGGUGAACUACCGAAGGAUGAGUAUCCUUGUAUGAAUGACCCAAGUUCUAGUUUUCAUGAGACCUCACAAGAUGCAUCUGCUUCCACAACUCACCAUGCACCAGCUCAAUCCAUGAGAUCUAGGCGGGCGACAUGGGCUAGGCCACGAAGUUCUGAUGAUGGAUAUUCAAGUGAUUCUGUGUUGAGGCAUUCAUCAAGUGAUUUUAAAAAGAUGGACCAGCGCAUUUUUAUAUUUAUCAUUGGUGGAGCCACUCGAUCUGAGCUACGUGUUGUCCACAAGCUUACCACAAAGUUGAAGAGGGAAAUCAUCCUCGGCUCAUCCAGUAUUGAUGAUCCUUCCCAGUUUAUCACUAAACUGAAGAUGCUCUCACCUCAAGAAAUUUCAUUGGAUGACCUUGAGAUAUGAUAUAUGCACCACCAGUGAUUCAGGGAAGAUUCCAUUUGAUGUUUGGGAAUCUCAGCUACAUUAGAAAGUAACUUCAUGAAAAUUAAGUCGGCUACCAAAUACUCUGAAUCCGUUCGUGGUCAACUUAAAAGUUUUGUAGGUUAAAGUUUUCGAUGAACAUCAUGGUCGGAUGUAACCAAACAAGUUGUAUCACUUGUGUCUUCAGGCUGCAGUACAGCAUGUACAACAAACGGAACAUUUUUGAUGUGAUCAUUUGCUGGGCCUCAUUUGGUUUGAAAUAACUCGAAUGAUCAGGAGAAACUAUUGGGCUGCAUAAUGAAUGGUGUACUUCAAUAUGUUUUGUUGAACAGGAAUGAUACUACUUUUUGAUCUGCCA